UUGACGUCCACAUAAGAAGGUGGACACUCGAAUCUUGAGCCUUUAUUAAGAGCAAAACCGAAGAAAUCUCGUCAUUCCAUUUCCAUCCGUAGCUGCUGUUGAAGACGAUCCAAGACCAAGAAGAAGGCGUGACCAAGACAAAAAGGCAAAAGAUUCCGUUCCAAAUCCCGAGGCACGCCAUGCCGGUGCAGCAGCGGGAGCAAGAAGACGACGACGACGACGACUUCACCUUCCCCACGCCACCGCAGCCGCAGCCGCAGCUCCCUGCCGGCCGCCGCGCGUUCUGCCUGCCCUGCUCAGCGUCCCUGUCCUCCUCCCCCAUCCGCCGCAGCUUCUCCGCCGCCGACUCCGCCGCGUCGCCGUGGCGCGCCAGGGUCGUGCUCAGCCGCCACCGCCUCAACGGCGCGUGCUCCCCUGCGCUCAGCGACUACGCCGCGGGCUUCUGCGACGACGGAGAGGACGAGGAGGAGGAGGAGAGGAUGGACAGCCUCUGGGAGGACCUCAACGACGAGGACGCGGCCGGGGACGACCAGUUCCUCGGCUCCCUCGACGUGUCGCGCCGCCGGUCCGUCGGCGCGCCGGACGCCGCCGAGAGGGCGAGGAGGGCGGCCAAGGAUCAGCGCGAAGCCGCGGCGCUCGGCACGUCCAGAAGCUCGCGGCGGCGCUCGCCGGGGCUGGUGGUCAUGAUGCGCGCGCUCAAGAGGAUUUUCGUCGCGCACAAGGGCAAGAGCAAGGUGCACAGAGACGAGCAGAGCACCGCCUCUGCUUCUGCUGCUUCGUCUUCCUCUUGCAGUAAUAAUCCCUGCAAGAAAUGAUGAGCUACAGCAGCACAAAUGCAAACUGCAUUUUUUGGGGUGAAAAAACUCGGACCUAAUACUCUAAUAUGUUCAUGUUUAUCGUGUUCGUUAAAAUUUGUUCCUCGAUUUAUUGACUCGAUAGUUCCGGCCAUGAUGAUCAUCACAGUUCUGUGAUAUAUAUAUAUAGUUUUCCUAUAUAUAUAUAUAUAUAUAUAUAUUGUGUUGUGUAUAGUUUUAUCUGUUUUUGGUUAAAAAUGAAUAUUUUGUUUAGACUGUACAUGUUACAUGGGCAUAUAGUUGGAGAUCACUGAGAUUUUUCUCUUUGGCCCUCUCUUUUUUAGAGUGUGUUCUUAAUUCCUGUAUUUUUGUUUGCUUGUAUUCUUGCCCUGAUAUAUACGUAGCAGUGUCAUUGUGGUU